AUGGUUAUAGCAGAAGACUCUAUCGUAUCAAGGUCAGAUUUAGUUGAUGAUAGAUUUUUCCUCUCUCUUCCUAACUACGGAGAAAUUGAAAAGAGGGUAACAAAAAAGUCAGCUUUCCUCACGGAAGAAUUCAUGAUCCUUGUGAUGUAUAGACCGUUCAAGUUUCUGGCCAAGACAGAUAGAGGGUUCAGUUUCGUUUAG